GAAAAGAAGGAAGAGUCUCGCCAACAAUAUUUGACUAUUUUCAGGUUAUGAGAAAAGUUGUAAACCUUGAACUAAAGUUUAUUCAAGAUGCAAAUAUGAUCUCAGAGUGAAUAGAAGGUACAACAAUGGAGAUCUGCUGCAGCAGUAGCCCUAGUUGCUUUGAACUCGCUCUCGAUUUUCUGGGCUGGAUCAAUAAGACAUUCCGUUAUUUCGGUGAUGAUAUCUAUGGGCUGAAGACCCGGGUGAGACUAUUACAAAGCUUUGAUCUGUAUCUGACAAAGUGUAGGAGGAGGAGGAGGAACCAUGAAACCUGUUUGGAACAAGAUGAGGAGGAGAAGGAUGUUACUUCUUUCAUAAUUCAAAAUUUGAUUAUCAGGGGAAUGCAAGAUCUUGAAAUUGCUUGCAACGAAUGCUUGAUUCAUUCUCGUUCAACUUAUGCGACUCAGGUCCAAAGUGAGCUCACCAGAUUCCGGAAAGCAAUCAAGUUGUUUUUCGGGACACAUAUCAAGGAAUCGUGGAUUAACUUUCUGUUGGAGUAUUACUGGCUGAGAGAUCCAGAACUAGUGAUUGAUUUCAUUGAUUUGGUUUCAAAGGCUCUGGCGAAAAUGAAGAGUUUCUAUUUCGGACGCCUCGGAAAGAAGCUAAUGUUCUUGAAGAGUUUCAUUCUUUUUGCCAUGCUUCGCGGUGUCAAGGGUCAGCAACUGAUAGAUCUCUUGAUUCACGCUGAAGUGAUGGCUAUCAAUGCAUCACACUUGGCUUCUAUAUGGUACUUUCACACAGAUAAUGAAGUACUGAAUGAAACAGGACUUCAAAUUCCUCGACUAAUAGAUGAGAAGAUUAAUCCCGGUGAUCCCCAGGUCCGAGAAACUUACAUCCAUGUCUUGACUGCUGCAAAGUUCGCAAGAUCAUCAGACAUUUCAGAUCUGGAGAAGAAUAAGCAUCUAGUAGCUGACUUUAUGGAUCAUCUCGUUCAGAAUACUGCGGAGCUACUACAACCUUGUACCAAUACUCCAGUCCCGAUCAUGAAUCAAAUGCUCAAAUUUGUUGACGGGCUAAGAUUCCUGACAAUCCUCCUCAGGCAUCAGGAGAAGUUCAAAGAUCUGUGCCAUGAAAUGAAGAAUCUUAUUGGAGUUUUGGCCUGUGAUGCAGCGGUUGUAAUUUUCUCUCUUUCUGUGAAUCAAAUCAAAGAAGGCUUGGCCAAGGAAACCAAUCUUGCUCUUUGUCAUUUGUUUAAAGUGCUCAAGUUUAUUAGGGCAGAAGUUACCGAUCCAGUAACAUCAUUCUCGUCAUUUGGUUUUCCUAGGACCAAUGAGUUGGGGUCUAUGGAUUUUCUCCUUGAAAAUCUGAAGGAACUAGAAAGUUGUAAUGAGGCUGAUGAUUCAAUUGCAUUCCCAAAAGAUCAAAUCCACAGAGUCCUAGAAGAUCUCGUAUUCUUAAGAUCUUUCCUUGUCAAGGUAGUAGACCAGCGUAACCGGAAUGGAAAACUCCAAGCUCUUUGGAGUCGUGCUAUGGAGGUUGCACACAGGGCAGAGUUUGUCAUUGACUCUAUUGUGGUUGGUGAUAAACAUGAAUAUUUGGAAAGAGUUGCCAGAGAUAUCCAGCUUUUGAGGACUGAGGCCCUGGAAACCUAUGAUAGCACGAGGCAUGACUGUGGAGCUCAGAGAACAAACCGGAAAUCUUUCCGCAUUGAGUCAAAAUGUAGCACCCCAGUGUUGAAUGAAGUUCUAGUGGGUCUUGAUGAUGAGGUAAAGACGAUUAUUCAGUGUCUUACCAGGGGUUCAAAGCGGUUGGACUUUGUUUCAAUUGUGGGUAUGGCUGGACUUGGUAAGACAACAUUGGCCAAUAGAGUUUACAAUGAUCCAUUAAUUUUGAGCCACUUUCAUAUGCUUGCUCGGUGUACUGUUUCUCAAGUGUAUAGCAUGCACAGUUUGUUAGUUCAGCUUUUAUGUAGUAUUUCUUCUAGAAGUCCUGGUGAAUAUCUUGAGAUGGAUGAAAAUGAUUUGGCUCUCAAACUGUACAAACUUUUAAAGAAAAAUAGGUAUCUCAUUUUUUUGGAUGAUGUGUGGGAGAUUAAGGCAUGGAAUUUGCUGGAGAGAUCAUUGCCCGAUGAUGCUAACGGAAGUAGGAUCCUCUUCACCAGCAGAAUUCAAUUGCAAUUCAAACCUGAUAGCAAGGCUCACCAUCUCCGCCACCUUACUGACGAAGAGAGUCGGGAAUUGCUGCAGAAAAAGCUAUUUGGUAAAGAAGGUUUUCCUCCGACACUAGACUGCUGGAAAGAAGUUGCAAAGAGUCUAACUUCCAGUACUGUCCUUGAUGAUGAAUACUGCAUGAAGACGCUUGAGUUGAGUUACAGUCAUUUAUCGGAUGAUUUGAAACCAUGCCUUCUUUACUUUGGUGCAUAUAAAGAAGAUGAAAAUGUUCCUGUCCGAAGGUUGUUCUGGCUCUGGAUCGCUGAAGGCUUUGUGCGAAAGACUGAAGAAAAGAGCUUAAAGGAUGUGGCAGAUGACUAUUUGAAGGAUCUAGUUGAUAGAAGUUUAGUUAUGGUUUCCAAACAAAGAACUAUGGUGGUGCCAAAACCUGUCGACUUCAUGAUUUGAUACAUGAGUUUUGUGUGAAAAAGGCCAAAGAAGAAGACUUUCUACAUGUUUUGCAUAGUCGGAAUGAUCAUUUUAUUCUUACUGUCCAAAGCAACCCCCUCAGAGUUUGUAAUCGAAGUGCCAAGAAUUUGAAGAUUUGGGAGUUAUUGCUAGAAUUUCCCAAUGUACGCAGUUUGUUAUUGUUUAAGGAGGAAGAUUUGGGAUAUUGGUUCCCUAAACUUCUAAGAGUGUUGGAUUUGGGGGAAUUGAACUUUGGUGCAUAUUUUCCUAUGGAAGUAUUUUUACUUCCUGACUUGAGAUACUUGGCUCUUUGUGCUAGUGAAGUAAAUUUCAUCCCAGCUGCAAUAGCAAACCUCUCAAGGUUACAAACUUUUCUGCUACAAGGAGGAUACCUCACUGAGUUGUUGUUACCCAAGACUAUCUGGAACAUUAAGACAUUGAGGCAUCUAUGGACUACAGCUGGUUUUGUUUUUCCUGAUGAAAAUCUUGAAGUAUCCCCAGGCUUAAUUCAUUUAGACACUUUAAGCCUUGCCAUUGAUCCCUCCUCUCAAAACUUGGAAAAGAUACUGACAAAGUUACCAAACAUCCGCAGGCUAAGAUGUAAGAUGACGGCAUCAAGAAAAAAACCUACCAGAAUUGGAGACGGGAUUCUCGUGUUUGAUUGCUUGAGUCAACUAGAAUCACUUGCUCUGCGUUACUUUGACGGAUACGGAUUUAAAUUCCCAUUGGAUUUGAAGAAGUUGAGUCUCUCAUACAAUGAGCAGUCAUGGAGUGAAAUCUCAACAAUUGGAAAGUUGCCCAAACUUGAAGUGCUUAAAUUACUCGAUGACUCCUUCUCUGGGGAAGAAUGGGAAGUGAAAGAAGGGGAGUUCCCUAGCCUCCGAGCCUUGAAAUUGAGGGGCUUGUGGAACUUUCGCAGCUGGACUGCAUCUUUUGAUAAUUUUCCCCGUCUUGAGAAGUUGGUUUUGCACGAUUGUGAGAAUUUGGAAGAGUUGCCUUCUUGUUUAGGGGAAUGUCCGACUCUCGAAAUUAUUGAGGUGAAAUGGUGUCGUGAGUCUGUUGCAAGUUCCGUGAAGCAAAUUCAACAAGAACAGAUAGAUACGGGAAAUGAGACUCUAAAGAUCUUAAUUGAAGAUUGUGUUGAUCUAUGGAGUCCCAGCGAAGAAGAAGAAGAAGAAGAAGAAGAGUCAAGUCCCUCAGAAACAGAGUCAAUCUCAUCACAAUGAGUCUAAUUCAAGUUUUUUAAAAGCAAUUUCUGGAGCUUCCUUUUUUCCCCUUUAUAUUUGACUUGAUGCAGCCAGCCAUAAAAUCUCAACUCCUUUUUUUCCAAUUCUGCUACAGAUUGAUAUGAUGCUUAUAGUUAGCCGAGCACAAGCCUAUAUGCAAGGUACACUUUUCCUUCUUUGUAUUCUAGUCAGAGUAGUACAGAAACUUUUAAAUUGCUUCUAUUUUUCCUCAACAGAGAACCGUACACUCAAUUAAUUAAUAUGUUAAAACAUCCAUUUUUUUUGCAACAAACAUUAAGAAGAGACAAGAAAAAA